AUGGCCCAGCUUAAUGGAUGGUUUGAUGUCACAGACUACGGAGUCGAUAGGACCAAAAGAAUAACCCAUUCUGAUGGUAUCAAGAGGGCAAUUGAUGCAGCCAAAUCAGCCGGCGGUGGGAACGUUUGGUUCCCCGAGGGCGCUUACUUCCUCGGGAAUGCAGGUGUCGAGCUCAACUGCGGAAAUAUCACGUUGGCAGGCGAGGGGAGGUCAUCUACUAUUCAUGUCACCGAUUGGACGUCUAUCCCAUUCCCUGUUGAUUCUCCAAAUAUCACCAUCCGGGAAUUGAGUAUCGUACAUGACCGAGAUGAGGUUUCAGCACCGUUUAACCCAAGGAAUUACCCCGAUACAAUCAGGAUUGUCGGUCCAAGGGCUAGUAAUGUUCUCUUAAAAAAUCUGCAUCUUGAAUGCCCAACUGUUGGAAUAAGAGCACUGGAAGUUGGCGACUCCCUUACAAUCAGCCAAAUUAGUGGCCAGCAACUCAAGACGGGCAUUGAGAUCGAAAAAGCUCGAGGGAACGUCAACGUGAAUGGGGUUGCAUUUGCACCACUAUGGAACAACACCGCACCAGUCACGAAAUUCCAACAUGAUAGCUUGGUAGCUAUCAAAAGCAUUGGGAACAUCGCCCAAUCUCCAAUCCAGUUCAGCAAUAUUGUUGCCACACACUGCAAGGCGGGUUUCCUGUUCACUGGAGAAGGGGACCCAGACCAAAUCGAUCCAAAUCUGAAAAUAAAUGCCGCAUCUAAUACCUCGUGCGUGACAGGAAUUGUGAUUGAAGGAUCUCCUAAGGCAUUGGACGUGAAAAACUAUGUGUUCUACGGUCUCGAAGGAGCUUUAUCAGAGUGUGCUAUCCACGCAUAUGAUGAUUUUGGUUUUCUGAAAGUAGGACAAAUGACGUCUCUCAGGUGCGGGGCGAAUGCCAUCCGGAUUGAUCGCUCUCAUCACGAUGUCUUGCUCGAUGGGCUUUGGCUUCAGAACUGGGAUCAGAGCGGGAGGCGUUUCCCCGCAAUCGAAUCUACUAGCGGAACAAAAGUGAAGGUUUCUAAACCUCACUUUUAUCACACACCAGACUCAACUGCACAUCCAGAUCGGCCCCAGAUCAGUGCUACUGGUGUUGUCUUUGAGUAA